AUGGUAGAAGGAAUGGGAUUUCGUGACUUGGCUCAUUUUAAUGAUGCUCUCCUAGCUAAGCAAGCGUGGCGUCUUAUCCACAAUAAGGACUCUCUCCUUUACAAGGUGUUUAAGGCGAAGUUUUUUCCUCAUGGCUCUCUAAUUGAUGCAAAAGAAUCCUCUUCCGGAUCGUAUGCUUGGAAAAGCAUCUUGAGGGGUCGUGAUGUGGUCCUAGAAGGAGCUUGUUGGAGGGUAGGCAAUGGGAAAUCUAUCAAAAUCCGGCAACAUUAUUGGCUGCCACGAAAACACCCAACUAUGGUAGCAUCUCCGAUGGUGGAAUCUAUGGAGGAAGCUACUGUGGAUUGUUUGAUAGAUGAAGGGACACGCACAUGGAAUGCUGAUAUGGUGGAUGGAAUGUUUGCACCAGAAGAAGCAGAAGAAUUUAAGAACAUUCCAUUGGCUCGGGUAGCUACUGAAGACUCACUGUUUUGGCCACUAGCACAGGACGGUAAGUUCAAUUGCAAGCUGGGGUACCGAUUCUUAAAGGAAGCAGAGGAUGGUUCUCACAAGGAGGCUCGGCCUGAUCAUGAAAAAGGCCUAUGGAAGAAAAUCUGGGCUCUGGCAUGUCCGAAUAAGGUGAAGAAUCUAGUUUGGAGAGCUUGCCGUAACUCCUUUCCAUCAAAGAGUAAUCUUCUGCGUAGAACUAUUAUCAAGGAUCAGACCUGUGACUGUUGUCGAGGUGAAGCGGAAGACAUGAUUCAUGCAGUAUGGACUUGUAAAAACCUGGAUUGUGUGUGGGAUAAGGAUACCGCAUGGAGUUUUCGGAACCAGACUUCUUUUUCCAGCUUCAGUGAAUUGAUGGCUUGGGUAUUUGAGCAUCAACGGAAGCCAGCUCUCUUUGCUUUCACGGUGUGGUCCAUCUGGACUCAAAGUAACCAGAUGCGCUCUCAACAACCAUGUUGCUCCCUAAACCUUCUUUCUCAAUUUGCAGUUGAGAGAUAUUCAGAAUACCAAGCUAUCUUACCGCCAUCUUCACCUAGUAGACCACGCAUGAGGACACGUUGGAAGCCACCUCCAUUGGACGUCUUCAAAAUUAAUUUUGAUGGAGCCGUUUUUGCGAUGAAAAUUGUUCAGGGGUGGGAGUUAUUAUCCGUAACAGAGAAGGCUUGGUGCUUGCAGCCAUGA